AUGUCUUUCGCUGCAUCCCCGGGGAACAUCGUCUUUCCCAAUGGCCCCGCCAUGCGCCAACCCUCGCUAUCCUGGCUAUAUAGACUGGAAUGCGACAUUGACAAAGAGGAGAUCAACAUUGGAGCUCCUCACAACAGCGGCACUAUUCGAAGCAUCGCCAAUAUCGUGCGUGGUAGCGUCAAAGGUCCCGGGAUCGAAGGAGACAUCCUACCACUGGGUGGUGCAGACUGGGCUACCGUGGUGAAAGGAACACAUUCCAUGACCCUCGACGCCCGCUACACUGUGCGGACAUCCGACAAUCACCACCUCUACAUCCGCGCACAUGGCCUGUACCGCCCUGGUCCAGGUACUAGCUAUGCAAAGGCUGUUGAAGAGAAUCCAGACAUGGUCCCCCCGGCGACAGUCACUCAAGAUGACGUUGAGUUCUUUUCACAUCUGCGCAUCGAGGCAGGGCCGGGUCCGUACAAUUGGUUGAAUGGGCUGGUCUGCUUGGGGGUGAUGUGUUGCGAAGGCGAGAAGAUCUGGAUCGAUGCUUAUUACUUGACCAACUUUCCUGGUGUGAAGCCGGAGGAUGUGGUGGCCAAGUAA